CUGAGCAAGGGCGCCCGCAGCCGGGAGGAGGCAGCCCGGCUCUCUCGCUCGCUCUCUGCUCCAGUCGCUGCUGGGGGUUCCCGGCAGCGCGAUGCCGCUGUGCUCCUUCUAGGCGGCGGCCAGCGGAGGCUUCCUGCAGCCUCUCGGCCCACGCCGGCCCCCAUUCCACCGGCGAGUCCCCUAUCCCAGAGGACGCGCCCGGCCGCUCGAGCCGAAGCGAGCGCGAAGUCCGAAGUCCACCCCCAGCGCCGCCAACUUCCCUGGGAGCCCCUCUCCCCUCUGCAGCCUGCGCCAGCCCUGGGAGCGAUGCGCCCCCAGCCGGGCGGCGCGCCCUCUGCCAACUCGCCACCCAUGGGAUCGACUGCCCUGGGCUGCCCCGCUUGGAGCGCGUAGCCUUAGCCGCGUGGCCCGGGAGACGAGCGAGACACCCAGGCGUUUCACGGAUUCCACGCGGGCCAGUCUGCUGGGGUCCCCUCCGGGGGCAGCGUUCAUACCCAGGGUCACUUCGCGACCUGCUGUGUAAAUAUUUGCUGCUCAGAAGAGAGAGCUGUACAUCUUCUGCAUGGAAAUUAUGAGAGGAUGAUUUCAGGGCCUCAUCUGGUAUUUAGCUGCUUGUUUUCAUCACAGAGCGGACCUCAUUGGCUCUCAUCUCAAAGACGUGGAAGAAACCUCCGUCCUCAGAAAGCAGUAUUGGAACCUGUGUGGAGGUUAAGAAAACUAUCCCCUUGGUGGUGGCCCGAGGAGAUCAUCUAAACUCCAAUGUUGCCCUGAAAUUCGUGUUCAAGAUUCAAGAAAAUUAGGACUGCUAAGAUGCCUCAGGAACAAUACACACACCACCGGACCACCAUGCCCAGCUCCGAGGGGCCACAGGUAUACAAGGUGGGCAUUUAUGGCUGGCGGAAAAGAUGCCUGUAUUUCUUUGUCCUACUCCUGAUGAUUUUAAUACUCGUGAACUUGGCCAUGACCAUCUGGAUUCUCAAAGUCAUGAACUUCACAAUUGAUGGAAUGGGAAAUUUGAGAAUCACAGACAAAGGUCUAAAACUAGAAGGAGACUCAGAAUUCUUGCAACCUCUCUACGCCAAAGAAAUCCAGUCCCGACCAGGGAAUGCCCUGUACUUCAAAUCAGCCAGAAAUGUUACAGUGAACAUUCUCAAUGACCAGACUAAAGUGCUAACUCAGCUCAUCACAGGUCCAAAAGCUGUAGAAGCUUAUGGCAAAAAGUUUGAAGUAAAGACAGUUUCUGGAAAAUUGCUCUUCUCUGCAGAUAGCAAAGAAGUGGUGGUAGGAGCUGAGAGAUUAAGAGUUUUAGGAGCGGAGGGCACAGUGUUCCCUAAAUCUAUAGAGACACCUAAUGUCAGGGCAGACCCCUUCAAGGAACUAAGGUUGGAGUCCCCGACCCGGUCUCUGGUGAUGGAAGCCCCAAAAGGAGUCGAAAUAAAUGCAGAAGCCGGCAAUAUGGAAGCCACCUGCAGAACUGAGCUGAGGCUGGAGUCCAAAGAUGGAGAGAUUAAGUUAGAUGCUGCGAAAAUCCAACUACCUAGACUGCCUCACGGAUCCUACACGCCUACAGGAACGAGGCAGAAGGUCUUCGAGAUCUGCGUCUGCGCCAAUGGGAGAUUAUUCCUGUCCCAGGCAGGAACUGGUUCCACUUGUCAGAUAAACACAAGUGUCUGCCUUUGAGAGACCAUCCAUAGUGGACGUUGUCGGCAGCAUAAAGGCCAUUUUUGGCUUUAGACACUGGCUGCCAGCUAUUUUUACUAGAACACAGAAAGCCUAUCAAAGACCUUGUGUGCGUGUGUGUGUGCGUGUGUGGAUGCGUGUGGGUGGAUAUAAAUAUAUAUAAAUAUAUAUAAAUAAAUAUAUAUAUCCUCUGUAUAAAAUGAGGUUUCAGUACAAAAGGAACCAUGGGUGACCCUGUGAUAUCCAUCAUCAUUUCCAUGUCAACCCCACCACCUACAUGAUAAGAUCAAGACACUGAUUCAGGCCCAAUAUUCCCCACACCCUUCAGAAUCACACAGUGAAUCAGACACUUACCGAAUAUUCACCGACAUGUUUCAGGAGCCACGUAUCUUCCCCUUUAGUGUCAUUACAGGGCAGUGAUGGCGGGAAUCUCCAAGUCACGCUAAAGCACCAAGACUCUCAUAUUGAAAUAGACAUUUUGUUUCCAUUCUUAGCAUUAGGAAGGCCAGCCAAUUUCCCCCUCGUCAAGUGAGGGAUGAGGGGCAGUGCCAUAGAAGUCAGCUGCAGGAACACAAAAUAGCUGUUCUGCCUUCAUAGCCAGUGCACUGGGGCUUUUGUAGUUGGAUGAAUGUGGAGGAUGAAUUCCAGCAAAGUUUGAACUGCUCACCCAAGUCCUGCUAUCUUCCUUCAAAAUCACGUAUUAUCCCACAGGCAAAAUAGGAGUUGUAAAUCAGCACAAAAUAGGAUAACAGCCGCUCCUUAGAUGGCUAGAAGCUACUCAGUGGCCUGACAGGCAAAGAAUAAGUGGGUGAGAGGUCUCUGUUUAAAGGAAAAAAUGGCACAAAAUCUGUUUCAUCCUCACUUCUGACUUUAUCCAGCAGACUCCAGCCCCAAAUGAUCAGGUCAAUCAAAAUCCUCAAGAGAGGAACCCCCACCUGAAGAGAAGCCAUUUAGGGAUGGAAACCUAAUUAAGAGUAGCAUAGAAAACCGAAUUAAUUUUUGUUUGUUUCCUGAGAUUGGUAAGUAAUUUAGAGACUUGCCUUUUAUUUUGAAAGGCAUGCACAAACUCUGGCUUCAAUCUUCUUACAUAUAUUUUUGUUGGGAUAGUCCUAUUCCUAAAUCCACCACAUGUUUUCUCCAAGAAUAGUGACCCAAGAAUCACAGAUCUGAAAUACAUGCCCCCAGAAAUGGUCACUGGAAAGGGAUAUAAACUGAGUCACGUGUCUCUCGCAGACUCGCUGUGUUCCCGCGGCCCAGCAGCACCCCUACUAUCUGAUACAUGGAAGCAGCUCCCUAGUUCCCGCCAUCAGCUACCUCUCAUCCUUCCACCUUCAUCAUUGUGCUCCAGGGUCACCCUGGCCAGCUCUUGUGCUGGGACAGGGGAUUACACCAUCUCUGUUCAAAGAGGGGGAAAUGUGCCUAUGCCUUAAGUCAAUGCACUCAGCAAGGAGAAGCACACCCUAGUUAUCUUGUCGUUAUAACUGUAGUUUAUUUUGGGUGAUUGGAGGGGAAUCAUUUAGUCAUGAGUGGGCCUCUUAAAAGCUGGUCGACAAACCAAGUGGCUGACAGAGGUGGGCUCUCAGGAGCCCAAAUGGAGUCGUAACUGGCUUAGACAGUCCCGGACGCCAUUUGGCAAGCAGCGGCCCCACAAUCCUAAAUGAGAUCAGAUUUGUAGGCCUGAAUGGCAUUUGUGUUUUCUUCAACAAGGUUUUAAUUUUUCUUACUUCACAAGUGGGGGAAGAUUUGUCAUAGGAAAUGAGUAAGAGAUUUGAUAUUUUUGAGAGGACACUCAAGCUUCAGCCUGAGGUUUGCGUACAGAGGCUAGAAAAGCAAGCUGUGUGUUGCUUAGUCAAGUAGGAGCAGGUGGGGGCCGGAGAGGGGGAGGUUUCCUAGGCUGACCAGCAGCCCUGCUGGCUUCCAGACCCCAUACUCCCUCCAGUCACUCCUCCUCAGUAUCCCGCGUAGAAGAAUUGAGUUGUUCAAGGGCAGGACUACUUAGUUUGUAGCAGUAGAGGCUAAAAAGGAAAACCUUAAGGUAUCAAGUUGCUCUGGAUUGGUAUUAUUUAUAUCCUGUAGGAUCAUACUGCCAGCAUCUGCGUGUACUACAUACGGGGUUUUGCCAAAUAGGAGAGGGCCCCCUUGACUACGAGGAACAUCUAUUCCUUGUCAUUGAGACAAACAGUAGUAGCUAUGAGGCCCUCCAUGGCUAAAUACCUUAACACAAAAUGUUUUCAAGCAGACAGACCAUCUUUGCAUUUUGCCAUCUUAAGUACAAAAUCUAUAGAUGACAAGAAAACAAAAGAUUCCCUGAACCUCUUUCCUCUGAUUUUGUUCUCAUUAUCAUAUGCAAGUCUGAGAUCAGCACCUUGGGGAUUUUAUGCCAAUAGAAAGAGUGAUGUGAUCGCACUUGCAGAAGUUGAUCCUAAAGGUAAUCAGAUCACGAACAGGAUGAAAAUAAUAACAGAAAACCAAGAAUAGAAAUCAAGCACCUAUGGGGAACAGACAUGAUAAAAAAUUUUGAUUUUCAUUUGUACUAAGUGACUAUAAUAUACCAGGUAAUAGGCAGGAAACUUGGCUUGGACUGAAUUAUGUAUUUCAGUUCAGACUAUAGAAUUGAGUAAAAUGCAUUCAAAGUUCCUCAGUGUACAUUUUGUUCUCCCUCCCAACUUCCUCCAACUAGAAUAUUUGUCCUUGGUCAUGAGAGAAAGUUUUAAUUCUGGAAAAAAAAUAUUUUUUACAUUAAAAUCCGAUAAACUUUAAUUUUAAAAAGUGAGAUUCUUUCUAACCUUUAUAUAUAUCUUCCAGACAAUCACACUCCAGUAUAUUAAACAGCAGGUGGCAUAACAAAGAGUUCAAAUGAAUCAAUAUUCUAGAAGUUCUAGUAUGCUAAUAGUCUUCAGAAGAUCUUUAAAAAUUAAAAAGUGAUCUCCAAAUAUGUUUAGCACUCAGUUCAAUUUGUUAUCUGUUCAAUAAGUCGUAACAUUUCCAUCUUAAACUACUAGCAUAUGACAAAGGUUUUCAAAAGCCCUCUGGUGGCAUCUCUGUAGGUGGAAAUUUGGUAUGAGGCUUUCUAAUUGUUCUGUUACCCAAGGGAUAGAUCUUACAAAUUUGAAUUGGCUUUAACUUCCUUUAGGUCAGUUUCCUUUGGAUGAUUUUCACUGUAUAUCCAGCAACCAUAGACCAAAGAUUGCUUAAAGUUUAACUCUACAGCAGGGGUCAGCAAACUGUGGUCCCUACACCAAACCUGGCUCAUCACCGGUCUUUCUCAAUAAAGUUUUAUUGUAACACAGACACAUCUAUUCAUUUCCAUGUUGUCUGUGGCUGAUUUCAUUCUAUAACAACAGGGUCAGGUAGUUACCAGAGACCUCAUCUGCAAAGCAUAAAAUACUAUUUGGACCUUUCCAGAAAAGUUUGCCAACCCCAACAUAGAGGUCAUUUGUGCUGUGUGUUGGACACAGCUGGAAAGAAAGCAAACUCCACAGUAGCAUGGAGUCACCCUGCAUUUCUGUGUGUGCUUAGGAAUAUAAAUUCUUGCCUAUAGAAAAAAGGCUUAUGUUACAUGUAAAAGUGAUCCACUUGUCUGAGAAAUGCAGGUUCACAGGAUUCUUGGGAAAAGGGAGGAUGGAAUUAGGGGAAGACUUAGUACAAAAAGAAAGCUAUGAUCCUCCAAGAGUUUUUUCCUUAGGACCCUUCCUAGAGAGGUGGUUCCUCGGGUCAGCAUCUGGGGGAGCCAGAAGAGAAGCAGAGGUCCUAUGAUUUAAAUUUAGAAUCUUUCUCCUGAAGGGACUGUUUCUGCAACGUCACAGGUUUUCCACCUCACCACAUAUUCCAGAAAGAUGCCCAUUCCAUGGUCCUCCAGAGAAUAUUUUUGACCUAACAUGUCUUGUCAACAUCCAUCAACUCCGUUAUUUACACCUCCAGUGCCCUCGCCAUUCCUGUUGUCUCCACCUAGCCUGAAGGGUUGGUGGGACCAAUAAAUAAUAUUGGAAAGCUAAUAAAUACUGGGGGAUGGGGAGAAAUACUGGAAGCAGCAUCUUAAAAUAGGUAGAAAGAAAAAACAUAGUAAAUGUCUUUCAUGAAGGUGUUUAGUGGGGAAACCAGAUCAACGCCAGUUUGGUUUUGUUUCCAAGAAUUUGGGUCUUUGUCCUGUGGUGUAGCAGGAAUACAAAAAAAAAAAAAAAAAAAAAAAAAAAAACAACCUAUUUUGAAUUCCAGCAUCUCUGCCUGUGUGUCUUAAGGCAAGUUCCUACCAGAGAUUUGUCCCUUCAGUCAACAUCCCUACCGCUAAAUCCAUACUUACAUUCAAUAUCAUUAAAACAGCAUCAGUAAUGAAUGAGGCUUUGUAAACAUGAGUGUUAAUGUCAGAAAAGAAAGUUUUGGGUUUUUUUUUUUUUAAUGAAAACAACCACCACCAUUUACCAGACCCUAAUCAACAUCACUUAAAGGGCCCUUUUGCAUUUUAUCUGGAUUCAACCAAAAGGAUUAAAUUGGCAACAGUACCCCCCACUUCUAGAAGCAGCUACAUGAGAAAAUCUUGCUUUUGUUGAUUUUAGGCAAAAGAUAGCAUGAUGUUUGGACCAAAGAGGUGAACAGAUCUCUGUAAGCACCUGAUCCUUAUUUUUUAAGGCUCCGUGAAAGGUGAGAAUCUCAUUUAAAUAAGCUGUAAACAAGACAAGACUGUUUGCUCUCUCUCCCCUGCACUAGGAGUUCAUAGGCACAGAAAGGAUAAAGCAGUUCCUGGAGUGAUAUAUUUGCAUGGUGGCCCAGUAGCAGGUGGGGAGAAAGGUUCUAAUAAAAGAAACAACCUUAGAAAACAGGCCUUUCAUCUCAAAGAUAAAAAUGUCUCUCUUUGGUCUUUCAUCACUUUCUCCUCAGGGGAAGGUUCCCCCACUUCCAACGUAUUUCCAUUAAAAUACUCAAAACUACUUUUGGGAUGUCAGAUGCAGCUCUUUCUUUGUGGCAAUCUGAAUUUAAAAUUAUACAGUUGCCUCUGAAUUUCUCAUUCACAAAGCUAAACCCACUGAUAAGAGAUAAAGCAGUCUGAAGCCGCUGCUCCAGCCAGCACACCACACUGCACACAUUAGCCCUUUCAAAAGCAAUGGGAUUUCUAUGGUUCUUAAAAGCUUGAGUCCUUGAAAUUUCUCAAGGCAGGUCUGAAUGGCAAAGGAAAAAAAUCACUAUUUGCAGGAAGUCCUUGUUUUAAGUAUGUUAGAGCACUAGUGUGGAAAAAAAAAAAAAUCUCCAGUUUAGGGUGACCCACAAUCGCCCAUGUUAUUUGCUUUGGUUUUACCCCCCGCCCAACAUACACACACACUUCCUGUUACAGAUACUGACAGAGCAGGAAAUUAGCAUCUUCCUUUGAGAAAAGAGAUCAAUUCUCCAAUGUGGGGCCCUUUGAUGCACUAGGCGGCGUGGUGUCCUAACAGUGUUGAUGGUAUCAAAGGCAUCACUAAGCAGUCUCAGCGGGUCCGACCGCAAUGCUAACUGCCCCUCCCCCAGUGCAACCCAGCAAGGGCCAACAGCAGCUCCGCGUCCGUGAGUUUGGCAACUGGAAUAGAGCAAAGGAGAACUUGCUGAAGGCAAGAAGUAUAUUUAGAGUCCAAAUCUACCUGUCCAUAGAACAGGAAGCCAGAGUAGCCCAAAAUGCCCCGCGAGGCAUGUAGACGCCCUCCGUAGCCAACGAAGGAGUUUGGCUUCAUCACUGAGCACUAGCUGAGGUCAGAUAAGUACAGAAAACACGAAGAAGGAAACAUCUGUUUUACCUAAAAUUUACUCUUCAGGUCCUCGGCUAGUAAUCCCUCUGCUGCCAAUGUCUUCACAACCCCCUUUGCCAUUCGGGUUAUGUUAGUGGAAUCAGCUCAGACUUCAGCAUGUGAGAAAUUCCCAGCUCAUCGGCUAGGUUACCCAGGAGCAGUAGAGCAAAGGAGCGUCCCAAGGCAGGAGGACGAUACUCGUUGACAAGGAAGAUGUUGGUGUCUUAGUCCCCCAUAUUCAUCAAAUCCAGGAGAUUCUAAAUUGGGAGUUAUAGGUUCUUUUGAGAAUCUGAGCAAAGUUCUCAACCUUCUCCCCAAGAAGAAUCACGCCCACAAAACUUUACAUAGAAUCAAAGCAAUUUUCUUGGACCUGAAGGCUACUUUAAGAUAUGGCUGAUGUUGGAUUCUUUUCUCCAAUAAUAAUUUUUAUUAACUGACAUUCAUUCAGCACUAUACGCUAAGCAUUGUGCUAAGUGUUUUACAUGCAUUCACUUAUUUCACCCUCAACACAAUCCUUUAAGGUCUAUUCUAGUUCCAAUUUACAGAUGUGGAGACUGAGGCUUAAAGAGAUUAGGAAACUUGCCCAAAGCCACUAGCUAGACAACAGCAGAGCUAGAAUGUGGGUCUAACUCCAACCCACUGUGCUAUGAAGUCACCAACAUGUCAAAUUUUUCAAGCUGUUGAGAAGUGUCUCCUACCAGCUUUGAGGCUAGACCUUCUUGGGUGGAUGAGGCUAUAAAACUUUGACCUCCCUUCUCUCUCUGGCCUCUCAUCCAUGACAGCAUCCAGUACUAAAGUGGAGAUACCUGCAGUGAAAAUAUAAGUGAUCUGUCUGAACGACAGAAUCUGAAACAAACAAAAUUCUGUUUGUUCCGUACGUGAUUCUUGUUAAGUCAGACUUGUCCUUACAAAUUGAAAGAUGCCCAGGUUGUCAGCCUUACAUUUAAGAGAAAAUUGUAAUACUCAAUGAUCUAUAGGCAUGGGCUAAGCAAGUCAGCAUUUCUGCACACAUAUAUCUCCUUCUCUGAUUCCUCACUUAAAAGACAAAUAUCUUAUUUUAGGUGAGGUCUUGGUUAUCAUACUUCCUGACCUUUACUUGUGGCAAAACUUACGGGGAGAAUCAAGUAGAAGGGAGCUCAGUCUCUGUUGUUGUCCCUACUUCCCUUUAAGAAGACAGGACUAGCAAGAACUCAGUUAGCAUCAUGCAUUCAAUACCCAAGCUGGCCACUUUGGUUCUAAAAAUGGCUUGAGAACCACACCCUGUACCUUGUCAGUCAUCACUAAUGGGCCAUACCCCUCUUCAUGAGCAGAAAUUCUUCUUGCCAAAGCACUCAGGCCAUCACUACCAAUUGAUCGGCGUAGGAAAUGGGACCCAUUUGUCAAUUCUCAUCUAAACAGUGGCUCGCUUUAACCUUGAACCUAUAUGUUUUAAACUGGUGUCCUAGAUUCAGCAGUGAGGUUGGUGGCAUUCCAGCUACUAAAGGAGAAGAUGAGUACAUCUGAAGUUCUUUACAACUUGGUGGCUUUGGAGAACUUUCAUCUUCUGAGCAAAGGGACCAGGGUUUGAUAUGUGAGAGUUAAAAGACCGAAAAUCAUUUUGAAGAAUUAACUCAGCCAGGGACCAUCUGAACAGGUUAUAAACCAGGGUGCCCGUGUUAAGGUCCUAGUGCCAUUCUGCCCCCCACCCACAGCUAAGAGACCACAGCAGCAAAGAGACUGGGGUUCAUCCCGCUUUUCCUGCUUGCUCAGCAGCACGUGUAUGCUCCGCUGGGUGGUUGUAGACAGAGCUGCCCACUGUUCCCAACAGACAGCAGCCCAGUGCCAGCCAUGGUCCUAAAAUGCUCCUCUGGCUCAACCGUACCAUAAAACCUGAGUAAAGGCAUAAGCUCAAAAAUGUCAAACCCUCUUUUAGUAAGUCAAUCAGGAAUUUUCUUUUACUGGUGUAUGUGCCCCAGUGGCAAUUCAGAGACGGGUACCCUUAAUGAGUCUCAUGGAACGAACAUCACCAGAGCCAAAAAUCAGGUUCUCUGGUAAGAAGGGGAGAUGGAAGCAAAGUAAAGGGAAAGAGUUGGCACACCUGCAUUUGGGGUGGACACAAAAUUAACCUAAUUUGUAUCCAGUGUUUUGUUGAGUGGGGGGUUGGAGUUUUCUGUAUUAGCCACAUCCUCAGUCAAGUUUCUCCCUUUUUGAGGACACCAAGGAGGAGAAACACCUCUCUUAAGGAGGGCAUGUUUUAAAAGGCAAAGGUAGAGGACAUCCAUCAUUGUGCUGGCUAGAUACACUCCUGGAGAAGCCAGAUUCUGGUGCUUUUAAUGGAAACCAUGAGGUCAUAGAAGUCCCAUUUGCUUGGAGAUUUUGAAAAAGGAAGCCCAUUCCCAUAAAGCAAUUGAGUUCAGCCUUUGGGGUUUUUUUUUUUGGGGGGGCGUUGUUUUGUUUUUCUCUGGGUUUGGGUGUGAUGUAAGAGGAAGAGCUUUUUAGUUUUGUUUUAAGUAACAUCAAUCCUUGCACACUCUAUGCAAAAAUUUUGUAAGCAUUGCAAUAAUGCUAUGAACUACAAGGAACUAUUUUAACUUUAUUACACUUUCUGUAUAAAAAAUUUGUAUUUAAUAUUAUUUCAACUGCAGUCUUGUAAAAUAUA